UUAGGUCUCAAUUUAAAACCAAAUCGCAAAUACUCGCAAACAACCGAGAAAUCUUUCCACAUUUCACAAGCUGCUUUAGAUUCCGAAUCGUCACAGGGUGGCCCCACACAAAUUUGGAUUAGCAGCGAAAAUCAACGGUUUUUGAUAUGCACAUUGCGCAAAGAGGUUUGCGAGCAAGUUAUGCUUGACUUGAACUUUGCUGCUGGCAAUGAAAUCUGCUUCCAAAGUGUUGGCAGUGGCAAUGUUGCCUUGUCGGGCUAUGUCAUCGAAGACGAUAUGGCUGAUGACUUCAUGAACGGCGAAGAAGAGGAGGAGGAAGAUGAGGAAGUCGACUCUGAUGAAGAGCAAGAUUUACGCGAAGCCCUCAAUGACUUGAAGUCCAAGAAGGCCCAAAAAGACAAGAAAGCCGAUAAAGGAAAAGCCAAAGCUAAGGCUGUAGCUGCUGAAGAAGAUGACGACGAUGAUGAUGAAGAUGAUAGUGAUUUCGAUGUGGAGAAUCCCGGUGACGAUGAUGAUGAUGACGCCGAGGAUGAUGAUGAACAAGAUGAAGACGACGAUGAUGAUGAGGACGAUGAUGACGAAGAGGAAGAUGAUGAGGAUGAUUCCGAUGAUGAGGAAGUCCAACAGCCCAAGGCAAAACAACCCAAAUUAGACAAACCUGAAAAACAACAAAAUGGUGUUGCCAAGCAAAAGGAACAACCUCAAGCCGAGAAAAAGUCCAAGAAAGAAAAGAAGGAACAAAAGAAAGAGCAACAACAACAACAGCAGCAACAACAAAAUAAACAAGAGAAACAACAAAAGACUGGCGUUGAACGUGCCCUUACUGGUGGUGUUAAAGUUGUGGACAUUCGUGUUGGCAAUGGACCCGAAGCCAAGCCCGGCAAACGUGCUCAAGUCUACUAUGAAGGUCGUUUACUGUCUAACAACAAAGUAUUCGAUAGCUUGAAGACAGGUGCUGGAUUCAAGUUCAGCUUGGGUCGCGGUGAAGUUAUCAAGGGCUGGGAUGUCGGUGUUGUUGGCAUGAAAGUUGGUGGUAAACGUCGCAUUACUUGUCCCCCACACAUGGCCUAUGGAGCACGUGGUUCUCCACCAACCAUCCCACCCAACAGCACAUUGGUGUUCGAAGUUGAACUUAAAGGCGUUAAUUAAAUAUAACAUAAGUAAUAAGUAAUUCCACUCAACAUUUUUACACAGAAGUAAACCACAACCUUAUCCAGUUUUUAGUUUAU